AUGUGGCCCAUGGAGGAGGAGAUGUUCGUGGCGGUGAGGCGGACGGAGCACGUCGAGGUCACCUCCCGGGCGGUGGAGGUGGCGCCGGCGGCCAAGUGGAGGGAAGCGGCGGGGGCCUCCUCCGUCGCGGGCCCCCGGACGGUGCGGGUCUUCUGCGACGACUACGACGCGACCGACUCGUCCGGCGACGAGGAGGAGGAGGACGCCGUCGCGCGCAGGAGGGUGAAGCGCUACGUGCAGGAGAUCCGCCUGGAACGGGCGGUGAAGGAGGAGGUCCCCGCCGGGAGGGCCGCGGCGUCCUCGGCUGCCGCGACGGUGGGCGUGGCUGGGGAGAGGACCACCAGACUGGUCCUCCCCGGGCGGAAGAGGAAGUCCGACAGCGCCGCGGCGGAGCCCCGGUUCCGUGGCGUGCGGCGUCGGCCGUGGGGCAAGUACGCGGCGGAGAUCCGCGACCCGUGGCGGCGGGUGCGGGUGUGGCUCGGCACCUUCGACACCGCCGAGGAGGCGGCAAAGGUGUACGACUCGGCCGCCAUCCAGCUGCGCGGGCCCGACGCCACCACCAACUUCGAACAGGUGGAUGACGCGCCGGUCCCUGUCCCCGACGAGGUCGCCGAGCGCCUCCCGCAGCCGCCGGCGCCGGCCUUGGCUCCGGCAGCGUCCAAGAACGCUUCCUCCUCCGCCACGUCCUACGACUCCAGCGAGGAGUCCCCCGCGGCGGCGGCGUCCCCGACCUCCGUGCUCCGCUCAUUCCCGCCCUCCGCGGUCGCCGACGACACCUGCAGCAAGGCGGCCGCCAAGAAACCGGCGCCGGCACCGGCAGUUCCAGCCGCGCCGGCCCCGGAGACCGACCAGUCGACCGGCGGCAGCAGCAGCGUGUUCGGCUACCCGUUCUCCUCCACCGACGACUGCUUCGGCGGCGAGUUCCCGCCGCUGUACACCGACUUUGACCUGCUCGCGGACUUCCCGGAGCCGUCGCUGGACUUCCUCGCGGACAUCCCCGAGGAGCCGCUGUCCCUGGCGCCGUCGAUCCCGGUGGGGAGCCCCGAGGAGUGCCCGUCCGACGCGGAGCCGGCGUCGCCGGCGAGGUGGCAGCAGGUGGACGACUUCUUCCAAGACAUCACCGACCUGUUCCAGAUCGACGACCCUCUUCCCGUCGUCUAG